GUGUGUAUGAAGUUCAGAAACAAUCCGGGGUUUGUAGAAAUUAAUCCCUUAAUGUAUAAAAGUUCUAACGUGAAGGUAAUUACGGAAGUACAGUUAUUGCGCAUGCGUAUCGUUUCUAUAUAACAUACGGGAAGCGAAUUUUUUUUCCCACGAGAGUUCCGGACCUCAGUAAAGUACUCCUUUGCAUACAACCAAGUUAACAUAUGCUAGCAUUCAAAAUGGCGACCUCCGAUUGCCAUUCGAAUCUUGUAUUGUGCUCUCAUUCAGAUGCUAAUAUCAUUGAUACUGAACACAUACGAUGGUUAGCGGAGUUCCUACCUGAGAACUAUAAACAUCACAUUUGUAACAUAGAAAUUGUCGAGAAAGAAGUAAAAGUAACACUGAGGUUGGCUGUUUCGAAAGAAGGGGCUAAAGAAUGGUUGGAGUCCAUGCAGAAGUCAUCCCUGUCAACUUUUCGAGUGGAAAGAACUUAUCCAUCCUCUGGUGAAAAGGUUUUGUUCAAGACUGAAUUUCGCUGUCAACAUAACACGAAACCAAGAACCACAACAGCCGACCAACGCAAGGGUUCAAAGAACACCAACUGCCCAGCAGGCUUGAGCAUGAUUGGCAAAGUCAGCACCUUUGAAAAGUCUGAUGGGAAAAAGAGGAAAUGCAGGUCUUCAGAUCCUCAUAUGCCUGAUCAUCCUCUGAUUGUGAAAUUCAAGUGCACGCAUAACCACCCUCUUAGGGCUGAGGAUGCUUUGAAGCAUAGGGAUGUGAGUGAAGAGGUUAAGGUAAAGUUCCUGGAAUUGUUCAACAAGGGUUAUACUCCUUCAAAAGCACUGGAACUGCACAAGUAUGAUCUACAACUCCAGCAUAGUGACAACUACCUUUUCAUCAGUGCUGAUAGAUCCAUCACUCCUGAUUUACAGUACUGUUAUAGGUUAUACUACCAGACAUUCAAGAAAGAGUAUGGUGAAGCCAAGGGAGAGUUUAUCCUCAAGGAUCUGAAGAGGAAGAUCGAGGAAGGAUCAUUCGGUGAUGACAUCAAAUUGUCACUUGUUGGGCCAGAGGGAAAACAAGCUGCCAUUGCCAUUGUAACGCCACUGAUGAGACGUGUGCAUAAACUGAUCAAACAUUCUGGUGAACUAGUAUUCAUUGAUGCAUCUGGAAACAUGAACAGGCAAGGGUGUCGAGUUUUUUUGCUCUUGACACACAGUUGUGCUGGAGGACUCCCACUUGGAGUGCUGAUUACAACAAGUGAGAGCACAGAAACAAUUACAGAGGCUCUGAAGUUGUAUAAUUCUCUGUUGGAUAAUGGUGCAUAUUUUGGGCGAGGCUGGAAAUCUGGGCCCGAAAUCUUCAUGACAGAUGACAGUACAUCGGAAAGGCAAUCACUCCAUGCUGUCUACUCUGAUGCCACACUUCUUCAUUGUGUGUUUCACAUUCUUCAGGCAUUUUGGCGCUUCCUCUUGGAAGCUAAGAAUGCAGUUAGGCAGGAAGACAGGCCACAUUUGUUUUCCUUGUUGAAGGACAUGAUUUACUGUGACACCAUCGAGGCGCUGAAGGCAAAACAUGGUGAAAUCAUGAAUGAUGAAACAUUGAAGAGGUACGAGUGUGUACGAAAGCACUUGGAGGACAUCUGUGCCAAAAAGACAUCGUGGGCAGUGUGUUAUCGAGUUGGUCUGCAUGUUGGUAACAACACAAACAACUACGCAGAGACAGCCAUGCGGAUAAUGAAGGAUCAGAUCCUUGAAAGGACCAGGGCCUAUAAUUUGAUCCAGCUGGUCGAUUUCAUUGUCACAAGAGUGGAGACAUAUUAUGAAAGGCGGCUCAUUGACGUCUGCAACAACAGACUAGACAGGUUGCUUCAGUCUCGAUUUUUUCCUGAUAUCAUGGCUGGAUCUAAAAUUGAUCCAAACGAAAUUGUUGGGAUUGCCAACAGUAAGAACUUGUUCAUGGUUCCAAGUGAGACAGAUGAUCCGACAACCUACAUGGUGGAUAUUGCUCUUGGUGUGUGCCAGUGCAGGAAAGGAAUAACUGGUGGACCAUGCAAGCAUCAGUACCUGGUUUUCAAGAAGCUGAACAUCCUGUCCUGCUGGAACUUCAUUCCUAUAAAUGAUCCCUCAAUGAGGGAGUUGUUGUACGAAGUGGCCACAGGUUGUUCGAAUGUUCCAAAACAAUGGUUUCUGCCCCUGAACUGCCAGAAUGAACCAGAUCAAGUGGAUACAAACAGUAUAACGAUGGAGUCCAUAGACAAUAUAAAAACUGAACCUCAUUGUGCUGACAGUGACGACAACUGCAUGGAGUCAAACAAUCACAUAAAUGAAAAUGACGGAGCUGACUGGAAGGAUAUGGAGAUUUCAAAUGGUUGCACAUCAAAACCAAGUGCUGAGGAUGGAAGUGACCCAAUAAUCAAUGAGCUAAACAAGGCUUUUCUUGCUUUACAAGAAAGUUAUUCUCAAGACAAAGAAUUCUUUGGGGGACCAGUAAAAAAAUUCACUAAGCAGCUUCUGGAACUAACUUCUGGAACAGAUACUGCGUUAGCUUCCGCGCUUCACUGCUUUGGUUGGUACUCUGAUGUGGAAAGAAAAACUGAAAAUAUUUAGUCAAUAUGAAGACAAUUGGUGUGCAUCCAACUGCAGCAUCCAGGAGAAAGAUGGUUGGUGGUAGAGAAACCGCAGACCAUUGAAGGACUGUUUGAAAAGUGUGAAAGGAAAGGUGCCAUUCAGCUCUCAGAUUAUGCCUAGAUGCAAACCUCAACAUAACUUCACAAAUGUGUUAAACACAACCAAUCUCUUGGUAAAACACACUCUACCAAAUUAGUAAUUAUCAUCAUAAUCAUGAUUUAUCAUCACCACAUUAACAGUCAUCAAAUCAAUGUCAUUGCCAUCAUUAUCACCACCAACAUCACUCUCAUUGCUAUCAUCAUUAUAAUUACGAUUCAUCAUUACCACCAUGACAAUCAUCAACAUCAAUGUCAUCAUGAUCAUCAUCAUCACUGCUACCCGCACCAACAUCAAUAACCAUCAUCAAAAGAGAAAAUAAGCAUGAUUAUUCCUUACCCAAGUGACCAUGUAUAAUAAAUUACAAUAUGGCGAAAUUUCAUUGGAUCAUAAUGAUAAAAACAAUUGUAAUAAAAUAAAAUGGGCAAAAAAAAGUCAACAGUAUGCCUCAGUCUGUCAUUAUUAUGGGGGGAAAAAAUAUAUUUUAUUCCCAACCCUUUUGGAAACAACAUUAGCAUCAUCUAGCUGUGACUGUCAUAGAAUUAAAUACAAUAAUCAAUAAUAUUAAUAUGCCAACUUGUUGUUUUUGUACGUACAUACCUGUGGUGUGUGUCACACUUGCUUUAAAGGAAGAAGUGAGUGGCAAAGCGGGAGAGGAGGACAGAGAGAAAAAGGGAGACAUUAAGUGAUGAUGGCGUUCAUUUUGGGUUUUUUAAAUGUUUAUCAGAUCGCAAGAAAAUAUGCCACAAUACAGGUUCGCUUCGACAUUACAUGU